UAUACGCACGGUUUUUAAUUGUCCUCGAUCGAUAUAUAAAAUCAGUAAAAUGGCAAUAGGAUCCAACACUCAAAAUGCAAAUGAAAAAAAGACAUUUCAGAGAUUACCAAAAACGGUUAUACCAAGGCAUUAUGAUAUAGAAAUAAAGCCAAAUUUGAAAAACUUAAAUUUUACUGGCAAAGAAUUGAUUGAUAUUGAGAUCAAAGAAGCCACUAACAAAAUUGUAUUAAAUUCACUUGAAUUAGUUAUAAAAGAUGCUCAACUGAUUAAUGAUAAAAAGGAAACAACCAAAGCCAAUAUAUCAUAUGAUAUUGAAAAUGAACAAGCAAUAUUUAAUUUUACUAAUCAAUUGAACCCAGGAAAGGCUCAUUUACAAUUAACAUUUGAUGGAAAAUUGUCAGACAAAAUGAGAGGGUUUUAUAUUACCAAAUAUAUGUAUAAUAAAGAGGAAAAGAUUGCUGCUACUACUCAUUUUGAGUCAACUGAUGCUAGAAGAGCAUUUCCAUGUUGGGAUGAGCCUGCAAUCAAGGCGAAAUUUUCAAUAACUUUGGUUGCUCCGAAAGAUUUUGUAGCCUUAUCAAACAUGCCUGUUGAAAAAGAGGUACAAGACAAGGAUGCUCACGAGAAAACUGUUAAAUUUCAAUGCACGCCUAUCAUGUCCACCUACAUAGUUGCAUUUGUGGUCGGAGAAUUUGAUUACGUGGAAGACAAAACCAAGGACGGAAAACCUUGCCGAGUUUAUACUCCCGUAGGAAAGAAGGAACAAGGCCGCUUCGCGUUAGAAGUGACAGUUAAAUCGCUAGAAUUUUACGAAGAGUAUUUUGGGAUCAAGUACGAACUGCCCAAGUGCGAUUUGAUUUCUAUCCCUGAUUUUGCAUUCGGUGCUAUGGAAAACUGGGGUUUAAUUACUUUCAGAGAAGUAUGCAUCCUAUUGGACGAAAAGACGUCGUCAACUAAUACUAAGAAUUACAUCGCCAUUGUUGUAGCUCACGAGUUGGGACACCAAUGGUUCGGAAAUUUGGCCACCAUGGAAUGGUGGACUUAUCUCUGGCUUAACGAGGGCUUUGCCACGUGGGUUUCCUUCCACUGUAUCAGCCAAAUUUACCCGCAUUACGAUAUCUGGACUCAAUUCGUUUCAUCGAGCUUUCACGAGGGCAUUACGCUGGAUUCUCUCGCUACUAGCCAUCCUAUCGAGGUUACAGUUCAUCAUCCCCACGAGAUAGACGAGAUUUUUGACGCUAUAUCUUACGAGAAAGGAGCCUCUUUCCUUAGAAUGAUGAACGAAUAUUGCGGGCCCGAGGCUUUCCGUAAGGCCCUCAACAUUUACCUUAACGAAUUCAAGUACUCGAACGCCUCCAUCACCGAUUUUAUGAGGGCCCUGGAGACCGCCAGCGGAAAGGAUCUCAAGGCUAUGGAGACAUGGUACAAAAAAAUCGGAUUUCCUCUCAUUAACGUCGAGGAAGUUAGAGAAGGUACCAAUCGAAAACUCAAGAUAUCUCAACAAAAGUUUCUGCUAAAAGGACCAGUAUCAGAUGGGACUGUGUGGGAUAUACCCAUGACAUUUUGCGAUAAAUCCAACCCCCAAAAGCACAUACAUUCUAUGCUAAUUAACAAACCCACCAUGGAAGUCGAAUUGAAAAAUGUCCCCGUCAAUGAUUGGAUAAAGCUGAAUUGUGGUACAGUGAGUUUUUGCCGCGUCAACUACACGCCGGAUAUGUUGGCAGCCAUUAUGCCGGGCGUAGAGGACAAUUCAUUGGCCCCGCUCGAUAGAUAUGGUAUAGAGAGUGAUGCUUUUGCCUUGGUGCAAGCUGGCAUGCUACCCCUGCAGAGUUUCUUGAAACUCCUCAAGGCAUUCAGGAACGAGACAAAUUACGCUGUUUGGUGCGAUUUAUCCAGUUCCUUGGGCGUUUUGGGCAUUUUGUCGCAGUACAUCCAACAAGAUAACGUCGCAGGCGGUGGGGAAGAUAAGAAGGAAACGAAAGCGAAUGCCGGAAAAGUGGAAAGCGUGACCCAAAGAAAAUUCAAACAAUUUGCCGCGCAACUCAUGACCCCCAUAUACCAGAAGUUGGGUUGGGAACCCAAAAAGGGAGAAAGUCACGUCGACGCCAUGCUACGCGUGAUAAUCUUGUCUCGCCUGGCCCGUUGCGACUACGCUCCCGUUAAGGACGAAGCCUGCAAACGCUUCGACGCACUUUGCAAGGGCGGUACCUGCACCGAAAUGUCGGGUGAUUUGAGGGCUGCCAUUUAUACCUCCAUGUUGUCCAAUGCUGACGAAAAAAUGUACGAUCAAUUUUUGGAGAUGGCUAGAAAUAGCAAUCAACAAGAGGAAAAAGUGCGAAUUUACGCUCGUCUAGGACUCAAGGAAGAUGCGAAACUAAUUCAGAAAACAUUGGAUUUAGCCGAUUCCGACGAAAUCCGACUACAAGAUAAGGUGGGCGUUUUUAGCAGUUUGUGCGGUCACAGACUCGGACGAAAGAUGACUUGGGAGUUCUUGAAAAAAAAUUGGAGCAGGGUAUUGGGUUGGUACGGCGGCUUAAGUCUCAUGUCAAGACUCGUUAAGAAUGUAACAAGUAAUUUUGCGACAGAGGAAGAAGCUAUGGACGUCGAGAAAUUUUUCAAGACUCAUGAAGCUCCAGCGGCGGAGAUGGCCAUCCAGCAAUCCCUGGAAAAUAUCAGGAUCAAUGCUAGCAUGCUUAAACGCGACGGGGAAAGCUUUAAAGAAUAUCUUCAUAAUAAUUAAAUAUAAAAAAAAUUUUAAGUGUAGAAUUUAGAAUUUUUAUAAAAAAAUAUAAAUAAUAUUAGUAUCAUAAUAACAUUAUGCAAAAAAAAACAAUGUUUUUUAUAAAAAAUUUUAUAAAUAAUGAUGAUUUAAAGGCGCAUUGAUUUACAUUCAAUUAUAUUUUACUUAUUUUAUAUAUGUAUUAUUAUUAUUUCGAUCAAAUGUAUAAUCAUUAAUCUUUAUAGAAUAAUUAGUUAGUUUUUGGUUAUAUUAUAGGUAACAAU